GUCAAAUGUCAAUGUGUCAUUCUUCUUUUCUUGUUACAUUGUGACACACGUUUUCCCAAAAGGAUAGUUCACAAUGCAAAUUUUCGUGAAAACCCUCACGGGCAAGACCAUCACCCUCGAGGUCGAGCCAUCCGACACCAUCGAAAAUGUCAAAGCCAAGAUCCAGGACAAAGAGGGCAUUCCUCCAGACCAGCAACGUCUGAUCUUCGCCGGUAAACAACUCGAAGAUGGUCGCACCCUCUCCGACUACAACAUCCAGAAGGAAUCCACCCUUCACUUGGUGCUCAGACUUAGAGGAGGUAUCAUUGAACCUUCUCUACGUCUCUUGGCUCAAAAGUACAAUUGCGACAAGAUGAUUUGCCGUAAGUGCUACGCCAGGUUGCACCCAAGAGCAACCAACUGCCGCAAGACCAAGUGUGGACACACCAACAACUUGCGCCCCAAGAAGAAGUUGAAGUAGAUGAGUUUUUUUUGGGUGGAAGGAAGUGGUUCUCUUACUUUACAAAUUCUAUUUAAAAUCUCCUUUUGUAAGAGAAUGUUUGAUUUAAUUUAAAAUAAAGGGUUGACUAAUGUAGUUUUGAAGUUUUAUUUGCAAUAGUUGUUUUCCCUUCAAGAGUUU